GAACAUUGAAAGACCAAUCGCAAAGACCAAACCAGGUUACUUCGACAAUGUUCACGGAGUCAUCUCCAGCAAUGGAUCCGGAUUUACCCGAAUCCGAAACCCGACCUGAAUUCAAUCCCGCUUCCACUGAUUCCCCCGUCACUACCAAUUCCGGCACCGUACAAACCGCCAUGGACUCAGACUCCAUCGAAGCUAGACCUGAAGCGACGACAUUCGAAUUAGCCUCAUCACAAGCCACCUCCGUCGCCGAUCUACCACCGGAACGAUUCAAUUCGCUCGACGAAUUGACCCACGAUCUCGGCUCGCUCCACGAGCUUUCGACCCUUGGCUCAUGGCAAGCGAUCCUCGAGAAGAUAUCUCAAGCCAGAGCUCUCUUUCUCCUCACAAAGCCUCACGAGCAUCUCACUUAUCUCACUUACCAAGUUAUGGCUCUCGCGAAGCUUCGUCGCUCCGAUGAAGCUGCUCAUGAGCUUAAUUCUUUGCACGAUUUCGACGGGACGCAUUACAGGUACGAAUCGUUCCCUGAGAUCUACCCUAAUCGGAGAGGAUCGAUGGUUCCUUUCUCUUUACGAUGGCUCUACGCUUUGAUCCCGACUAAGCUUGGUAAUCGUCAGGAAGGGUUAGAUCGGUUAUACGUUUUACUUGACUUUGUUCGAGAUCGAAUUAGAGAGAAAGAAUCUCAGAGUUUAGAUGGUUCUGUGGAAUUGUGGAAGAAAAGAGAGACCUUUGUGAUGAAUUGCUUGCUAGGGUUUCAUUUAGGUCACAAGGAAUUUGGGGUAUCUUUGGAUUUGAUGAAGGAAUUGAUAACUCGUGAUCCGUUAGACCCGGUUUUGAUUUCGAAACUAGGUUCUGUUCAAAUGCAGUUUGGUGAUAUAGAAGGAGCUAAAACUACGUUUGAUCGAGUUGAGAAGAUGUUGAAUGAAGGAAAGAGCAAUGGGUUAUUGAAUGAGAUACAGUUCAAGAAUCUUGUGGGGAGGAAUAAGGCUUUGGUUCAUGUUGUGGCAAAGGACUAUGUUUCUGCUGUGAGAGAGUAUGACAAAUGCAUUGAAAGGGAUAACUCGGAUAUUAUUGCUGUCAACAAUAAGGCUCUUUGUUUGAUGUACUUGAGAGAUCUAUCGGAUGCGAUUAAGGUGAUGGAAAGUGCAUUGGAGAGAGUGCCAACCGCGGCUUUGAACGAGAGCUUGGUGGUGAACUUGUGUAGUAUGUAUGAGUUGGCUUAUGUUAAUCACACCGAUGUCAAGCGGACGUUGAAUAAUUGGAUUGCGCGUGUUGCUCCCGAUGACUUUGAUUCAUCUUGUACCAGAGUUUGAGGUUUUGAGCUAAGCUAAGGUAAUGAGCGAAAGAGUUUCCGUCAUCUAUAAUGAAACAAAUCAAAGAUCUUGAUCUUGCUGGGUUUGGCAUCAGCUGGAGUCUCUGUUGAUGUGAUUACCGGCUACAAGUUUGUUGUAGUUUUCUAUUGUAAGCUAGCAAAUGGUUUGUUACCACCAAACACUUGGUAACUUUCUUGCAUUCGUUUUCGUCAUAUUCAUCUUCUUAUAACGUUUUUUGUUACACUUGCUGUUAACCACUAAUGACGAAUGUGUGUUCUUUCAACUCUUCCUAUGCACAGAGAUUUUGAGUAAUCAAGUAUUUAAAGCCA